CUGAAACUAUGUCAACGGAGAAGAAACAGCUGCUUUUUGAGGGCUUCUUGAAGAAAAGGAAAGAUACACUGAAAAUGAAGUGGGCAACCUAUUGGUUCAGGCUCCAAAACACAACACUGUUCUUCUACACUAGGAAACAUGGGAGUGCUUCACACCUAAGAGGCCUGUACUACAUCUACACUGUGCAGUCUGUGCGUGAGAUUCAGAGGGAGAAGGGUAAGCACUACGUCUUUGAAAUCACCAUGAAGAAUGGGAAGAGGAAAGUACUGGCUGCAGAGACAGCUGAUCUGAGGACGGAGUGGAUUGGCCAGCUGUGGAGGGCCAUGCAUCUCUCAGGCCCAGGGGGUACAGACCCAGGCUGCAUACGACAGCAGGAUGUGAGGUCUGAUGACCUGAGGGUCAGAGGUCACUCCAGCACCUAUAGCAGCUCAGAAUGUGACAGCAUGAUGGAACCACUUGGGGUUCAUCGAACCCUCUCUGCACCUCUCACCCCCUUCAACCCUGACAAAGACCUAGACCAGGGGGACAGGAGUACCCACUGCCUCUCUGGCCCCCUCACCCCUGACCAAAAUCUGGGGCACAGGGCUACCCUCUCUCUCUCCCUCACUGACAAGCUCAGUAGUGAGGAAGCCAUAUGCCAGAACACCAUCUCACAUUGUGGAGAGGAGGAUAAGAACAGUGUCCAUAGACUUAGUGGGAGAUGUGAGGAGAAGAGAGAAGAAGAAGAGGAGGAGGAGCAUAACGAGGAAGAGGGUCACUACGACAUUCUACCAGCCCCCCGGAACUCUGAGUAUCACAUCAACCAAACAGAUGAAGAUUUGACAGAUGGAGAGGGCCUCUAUGACUUCCCAUUGUCCAACAGGAGGGCAAGUGACUGCCAAAAUUAUAGUGAGAUGACAGAGAGCAUCUAUGACGUCCCCAGUUCCCUAAUGAGGAAAAUGUCUGAACACACACUUGAGCCUUACCCUGGAGGUGAGAUACCGGUGGAGGACAGGGGCCUCCUGGAUGACAUGAUGGCCAGUCUGGGCGGAGGGACGGUGGGCUGGAUAACAGGUGCUCCUACUGGCUCUGUGGAGGCCUACGGGCUGGCUCAUCAUGGCUCUUAGGACUGGUAUAUAGUAUAGGCUGGUAUAGACUCUGGAUAAUAUAGACUGUGUUAUCCUCAUUCAAAUGGUUCUAUAAAGCUUGAUGCAUUCUGUUAGAGAUGUAAAUAUGUUUACAUUUUAUGGAAUAAAUCUAAUAUGUCAUGAUAUUCUAUUCUAUUUGUCACGGUUUCGGCCGAGGCUGCUCCUUCUCCUUGUUCGGGCAG